CUCAGUGCACAUGUUUACCCACAAUUCAAAGCGAUAAGAAAAUGUCUACCUUUUAGAGUAACAAAAACAGUAAAGAAAAUAUCGCAGUCAUCCUGGUCGCGUUUAAGGGUAUGAGUUGUAGAUGCCUGUAGUCAGCAUGAACGAAACUUCAUGGGACGAUAGCCGUACGCUGCUGUCACACGGAAACAUGGCCGGUAUGAGGCAAAGUGGAAACAUUUCGAAAGACGAUGCGGGUGUAAGUUACUUUUUCCAACGUCCCCAGUUGCAAGAGCAGCCUGACCCGAGCAGUUAUUCCAACAAAAAGUGGGCCGUUGGAGAUGACAGCGUUAUUGAGCAGUCUCGGGGUGGAAUGACUGUGCAAGAGUUGGAGAGAAACUUCCACACCAUGGCACUCGACAACCGCGAGGGCCACAAGAAGAUGUGGGAGCUGGGCCCUGGUGGAGACGGGAAACAGGACGGAAACCAGGCGGCAAUGUUCCAGAAUAACCUGUGGAACCGACCACGUGAAGAACACACCUGGAACAAUGCACACUCGGAAGGAGGCGGGGGAUCGUUGGGUGUCAACAUGGUGGAGUACGUGCUGGGAGGGGGAUCACCCAGUGUGGGCCCUGGUAAGACUCUCCCCAUGAGACACCAGCUCAGCAACCCAUACCAGAUGCAUAAAAUGAAGGUUGGUCAGGGUGACGGAAAUGAAAUGGACAAGGAGAAGACUCCAUCCCCAUUUGAGAAAGUGGACAACGGUGAUCCCGGGGACGGUUCCCAGGAUGGAGGGCUUCAACCCAACGGGAUUAUGCAGAACGGGAUCAAGGAUGAUCAAGUCGUAUAUGGCCGUCGUACAGGCAGUCACCAGAACUCCCCAACACUUGAGGAUAAAUCUCCACAAAUGGGCAAGGAGUCUGAUUUUCUUGAACAACAGGCCAUGAUGCAGCAGCAGAUGGGAGGAUUCCAGUUGGACCCGUCACAGCUGGGUAUCAGUGAGGCCAUGGGUCUGGACCCGUCCCAGUUUGAUUACGCCAACCAGCUGGCACAGAUCCCUUCCAUGGACUCGCCCAACUACAACAUGGACUUUCAACAACAGAUGCGUCAGCAACAGCAGCAACAACAGCAGCAGCAACCAAUAGCAGUGCUGACACAGCAGCAGUAUGCCCUAGCCACUCAACAACAACAGCAACAACUGGGAAUGAACGGGGGUCUUACGCCACAACCGUAUGUUCUAAGCCAGGACCCGUACACCGUCGGUUUACAGCUGGCAGGUCCCACAGUGAUCCACCCACAAUACUACAGUGUACAGACACCCUGGGGAAUCUACCCAGCAAAUAUCAUACCAACCCAGGGACAACAGACUCCACAGGGUAUGGCUGGUAUGCGGGGAGGUUCUGGUCGACUGACCCCUUCAGGCCAGAGUGACUCAGGACAGAAUCAGAUGCCCCCACAGCUUUCGACACAAGGAGCCCAGUACCAGAUCCUAGCGCCAGCCUAUUAUGACCAGAAUGGUCAACUGGUUAUGGGGAAUCCCCGGGGUAUGCCCGGGGCCUCAAUGCGUCUGGUAUCCCCUGCACCGGUUCUCGUCUCAGCAGGCAACCAACAAGGGGGCAAUCUUGGUGGUAAUCCGCUGCGCCUACUGACCACCCAGCCCCAACAGCUGGCUGCCACCCCACCCAUCUUCUCCAGCAGUAACAGCAACACCCAACAAAACUCACUGGGUUACAACAGCCAGUCCGGGGGUUACACCCAGGUGUCCUCCAGUCUUUUCACCCCGAUCAGCUCAGGGCUCACUCAGCAGAGUAACUAUGGCAACAGUGGGCUUGGCAGUCUGGGCUCUAGCAUGCAGAGUGUGGGAUCUGACCAGUCUUUUGGUCUGGGGAGUGGUCAACGCCGCGACUCAUUUGAUAUCAAGGCACGUCAGAUGACCCCGAUAAACCAGUACUAUGGUUCCCUGGGUAAUCUGGGCUCUCCUGCUGGACCCAUGGGCCUUGUGCAGCCUGGGCAGUCCAUGACCCCACCCCUCUCAGGGCUGGGUAAUGGAGGUCGGUUGUACAAUGCAGCCCCUGGGGCAGAGGCAGCAAAGUUCCGGAGUGGGUCGGUGGGUGCCAACAGUAUGUUUGGUUCCUUGUUUCCUGGAAUGCAGUCACGCAGAGUGACCACAAGCAUGUCGAAGGAGGCGACUGGGCGGUCUAGGCUGCUGGAGGACUUCAGAAACAACAGAAUUCCAAGCCUCCAGCUGAAAGACCUCUUAAACCAUGUUGUUGAGUUUUCACAGGACCAGCAUGGCUCUAGGUUUAUCCAGCAGAAGCUGGAGCGAGCUACACCUCAGGAGAAGGUCAUGGUGUUCAAUGAGAUCCUCUCAGCUGCGUACAGUCUUAUGACAGACGUUUUCGGAAACUAUGUGAUCCAAAAGUUCUUUGAGUUUGGUACACCUGAACAGAAACAGACGCUGGCUCAAAGAUUAAGGGGUCAUGUGCUGCAGCUGGCUCUUCAGAUGUAUGGUUGUAGGGUUAUACAGAAGGCAUUGGAGUCCAUCCCCGCAGAUAUGCAGGUGGAGAUAGUGAAGGAGCUGGAUGGGCAUGUGCUGAAGUGUGUCAAGGACCAGAACGGAAACCAUGUGGUACAGAAGUGUAUUGAAUGUGUGGACCCCCCUAAUCUCCAGUUUAUCAUUGAUGCUUUCAAGGGCCAGGUGUAUACUCUCUCGACUCACCCAUACGGCUGUCGGGUCAUACAGCGUAUUCUUGAACAUUGCACGCCCGACCAGACAUGCCCGCUACUAGACGAGUUGCAUGAACAUGUGGAGCGCCUCGUGCAGGACCAGUACGGAAACUAUGUCAUCCAGCACGUGUUGGAGCAUGGGAAACACGAGGAUAAGAGCAAGAUAGUCCGGGAACUUGUUGGCAAGGUCCUCCUGCUCAGUCAGCACAAGUUUGCCAGUAACGUGGUGGAGAAAUGUGUUUGUCACUCGUCGCGUAGUGAGAGGGCAACCCUGAUAGAAGAGGUCUGCUCCAUGAAUGAUGGAGCCUUGUAUACAAUGAUGAAGGAUCAGUUUGCAAACUACGUUGUCCAGAAGAUGAUCGACAUUGCGGAACCCCAGCAGCGGAAGAUCCUGAUGCACAAGAUUCGGCCUCACAUCGGCACCCUCCGUAAAUACACGUACGGCAAACACAUCCUUGCAAAAUUGGAGAAAUUUCUUCUGAAGAGUAGCGCUGAUUUGGGACCCAUUGGUAUGCCCCCUAAUGGUGCCCUGCAGUAGGUGCUGCCUGGUGCCCUGCUUUAUUGGCUAUUGGAUCCCCUAUUACUGGUACCCAGGCUUAAGAAUUUUGGGGAACUCGUUUCGUUUUAAGAUGUUUAGUAGGGUUGAAAUGAUGAAAUUGUGAUGUUUUCUUUGAAAUAUGAUAUGUAUUGUGUUUUUUUACAAUGUCAAGAAAAUGUUUGAAUAUUGAUGUAUCUUAAAAAUUGCAGAUGAUACUUUUGUUGAUGUUUUGUUUGUUCUUGUCAUUUUGACAGUAGAAAUGACACUAAGUUUUGAGAGUCUGCAACAUAAAACAUAAGGUGUUCUAUAAAUAAAUGAGGACUCUUUGUUGAGUCCAAAUAUUGAUGUGUUGUAAAGUGCUUUAAGAAAAAAAGGAUAUUUUCUUACACAUGAACAUUGUCUGUUUAAGGACAUAAGUAAGCUUUCGAAUUUUGCAAGAAUUCUACUGAUAUGUUUUGAAACUUUAUUGCAUGUUGUUUUUCUGGUAAUUUCAUAUCUGUUGUAAAAGUAAGUGUUUUUGCACAGUUGAUUACUUAUUUUGAGAUACUGUUUUCGUUAAAGAAUGCAUGUUCCUGCUGUUGAUAAAGAACUGCAAGUUUGCAAAUGUUUUGAGUUUGUGUAACUGCAAACAUGCAAAUGUUUGAGUUCAGGUGUUAGUUAUGAAAGGUAGGAUAAAGUUGUUGAAGUAAUGAAAUAUUGAGGCAUAUUCUUAUGCCUAGGCUUUACAGCUUGGAAUGAAGAGUAGAAAUGGCUUGUUGCUGAUAUUGUUGUUUUAUUAUUACUAACUGUGUGCUUUUGCUGUUAUAUGUUAUAAAAUCAUGGUUUGAUAGUUCUCAUUGUUUUCUUCAUUUUCAUCAUUAUUAAGUACAAACUCCUCGCAGUGUAACUUCCCGUACAGUAGAUAAUCACUGCCACUGUGCAAAUCAUAUGACCAUGGAUAGAUAUCACUGAUACAUGGAUAAAGAUUGUAGAUUAUCUUUGUUUUUGAAUGUUCUUUUCGUAUUUCAAGCUACAUUUACCUUGAAUAAUUGAAAUAUUAUCCAAAAAAAGAGAAAAUAUUAUUUUUUAUAAUAAAAAGAUAGCUGAAUUUCAGCUGUACUCGGUCAUCAUCUAUUCUGCUUGUCAGGGAGAUCACUGCGUAGGAGAUUGUAUUAAGAGCUAGAGUUGUCUGCUCAUUGCCUUAUCUAGCAACCGACUAUACAAACUAGAUGCAGUUUGUACUCAGUAUUGCAUAAAUAUUGCAGAAAUUAAACCAUAUUAAAAUAAUGCACAGACCCUGAUUAUAAGCUACCUGCUUUAUGUCAUACUGGCAUUUGUGCUUUUUAAAUGGUAACAAUUGAAAGCCUUUUGAUCUGUGCACAUAAACAUUUCCGACACCUGUAUAUUAUAUGGUUCAAAUAUUUUUGUUUAAAGCAGAUUUAGCAUGUUGUUUUCAUAUUUGACUUUUUUGCAUGUUGUAUUUAUUAGUACUUUUUAGUUAGUACGCUCUUUUGUAUAACAUUCAUACUAGCUAUCUCUUGUACAAGUUUCAUUAUAUUUCAGACCAAUUUUAAAAUCUCUUUGAAUUGACUUUUGUCAGAGUUGUAAAUAGUAAUUCCUAACAUAUAAUCCAGAAUGUAUAUAAGGUUACUGUAUGUACAUGUAUAUUUGCACCUUUUACUCUAGAUAUUAAUUUUGAUAGAAAUGUAGUGUUUAUAAUAUAAGAUAAUAAGCUUGCUUUAGAUGUUUUGUUAAUGAACUUUGUAGCUUUACCUAUAAGCUGUACAUAUAGUAUGCAUUCGAUAGCUAAAUCUUUAUCGCUCAUGCGCUGUUGUAUUUGAAAUGGAGGACCAACAUUUGUUUAUUAUAAUUAUCAUCUAUGUCUUUGUACAAAGAUCAUAAUCUUUAAUCUUUUCAAUUUGGUAAAUUUUAAUUGCGAAUUCUUAUUGGUUGUUAAUCACUUGAACAACUCUUUUGGUGAAAAGGAAUGGAUAACACUGUUUUCAAUAUCCGUUAGUUGUUCUAGAAUGGAUGUUUUGGUGUAGUUUCUGGUUAACAUAGUUUUUCUUGUUACACAAGUUUGUAUAUAUUUGUUUGUUGUACAUAUUUUUGAGGGUAAUAUUUGGAUCAUGUAAUGUAGAACAUUGUGUUUCAGUUUGAAGUUGCAUUUAAUAGUAUCUCAUUCAUAUGAUUUCAUUAUUAAUUUUCUAAAACACUGUGUGGUUUUUUGUUUGCAACUGUAAAUAUUUCUGCCCUAUGAGUAUUUGUUGUUUGGGUGAAGGUUAUGCCAAAAGGAUGUUCUUUUUAAAACUUAACUGCUUUGUUUAUAGUGUAAAGUGAACUGUAUACAUAUCUGAGUAAUCCUUUAAGGACAACUGUUGAAUUACAGUCGGAUUGCUUUUGCCUUGAGUUUGCCUGCGGACCAGAAUGUUAUUAGUAUUGAUGCGAUAGCACUAGCUUGCUAAACAAGUCCUGACCCUCAAAGCACAGUCUUUCCCCCACCCCCAAAAUUUAAAACAUACAAAGAAAAGAAAUGAUGUAUGGAAAAUUAGUUCUCGGUCUGGUAGAAGGUGGAAGUCUUGAUGUCAGCAGCUGUACGCCUGAAACUGGUCUAUUACAGUUUAAUUUACAGAUUAAGGAAUUAAGCAAUGCUUUAUGCAUGUGAACAUAAAUGCUGGCACCCCAGUUAUUUAGAUCAACUCGAAUUCAAAUGAGUCCAAAGGAAUAAGGCAUGUUAAUUUUAUUUUUUUUAUAAAAGUCAGUUUUAGUUAAAUGGUACAUGUUGAAAUUGAGACAGACAGGGAAACAAACAUUCAGUCCAAGUCAGAUAGGUGAAAGUAAUCUGACUUGUAGCACCAUUAAUAGGGUUUUACCCACAAUGCAUGGUUCCUGUAUAUGUGUUAGAAUUGCCGUUUCAUUUCUGUACAGUUUUGAGCCCAAUCAAAGUCUUGUAAUAUACUGUAUAGAUAAGCCAAAUAACCUUGUGAAUAGCCUGUAAAAAGAAAUGUAGUGAUCUUGUUUAUAGACAAGUUUUGUAUUUUGUAAACAGAAUAUAAAUUGGCAACUUUUAUGCCACAAAAGGUUGUAAAAUUUGUAAAGUAAUUUUUUUUUACAAUCCAUAUCAUGAUUCAGUAUGUUAAAUCCCCUUCUAUAUGUCUAUAUUGCCUAUGUACAAAGUACUUCUCUAUUUAUGUACAGUUACUGUUUAAGUAUUCCAGAAGAAAAUAUGUCUUUCAAAUGUACAUACAUUUUUUUCUUGCAUAAAUAAUUUUUUUUACGUAUUGCAAUUUUUUAAAGUGCUUACACAUGAGAUUCAAUAAUAGAAAUGUAGAUAAAGGAUAAAUCUCAAAAAACCUGUACAUAAAAAAUAGGUUAAUGUCAUUUAAAUGUUCACAUUGUAAAUAUUUAUCCUAGUAACUGUGUAUCCUGUCUCAUGGUAAAUUGAUCAAAGAAAGCAAAAGUACUUCAUGUUUUGUAAAUGAAGGACAUCUCUUUGAUACUUGCAUAUUUUCACUAAAUAGACGUUUAUACAGAAGCAUUUAUGUUCUGUGUACACGAACAUGUGUAGGUUUAAUGUUGUGCAUAAUAUAAAUAUAAUCAUCUUGCUGAUAGAAUCGAUCUUACUAUUUUCUGCUUUCUCUUCAACGUCAAGACCCACAAUUAUAUAACUGUAUAAGAUAAUCCAAUGGCUCUUUUAUCUGAACAAUAUAAUCUAAAGGUUUUUCUGUUUAUAAUAAUCUUAUGUCUCUCUGUUCUUGAAAAUAGAAUCCAGUGGCUAUCUUUUCUAUGUAUUAAAUCUGAUGUCUCUCUUUUCUGAUAAUAGUUUUCUAUAUAUUAAAUCUGAUGUCUCUCUUUUCUGAUAAUUGAAUCCAUUUGCUCUCUGCGGGAUAAACUAUCCCAACGGCUCUCUUUUCAGGAGAAACUACUCCAAUUGCUCUCUUUUCAGGAGAAAUUAUUCCAAUUGCUCUCUUUUCAGUAGAAUCUAAUCAAAUUGCUCUCUUUUCGGGGGAAACAAUUCCAAUGGCUCUCUUUUCGGGAGAAACUAUUCCAAAGGCUCUUUUUUCGGGAGAAACUACUUCAAUGGCUCUCUUGGCUUUUGUGCUGAUUGGUAAGAAAGUAAACUUAAGACAGAUAUUACAUAAUUAGUUGAUCAAUAAUAUUGAAAGGAGAGAGUCAACCACAUGUAUAUAAAAGGCUGCCAAUGUAUAUUAUCAUUUUAGUCCAGUUUUAUUCACUCUGACCCUGUAUGUUUCUAAAUACAGUUUGUUAAUGACCCUUUCCUGAUCUAGUCAUUCCUCUUAUGUCGUCUGUAUUCUCUGCUUAAAACAACGCACAUUUCAUUUGUUUAUAUUACGUCUUCAUAACCUGCUAAAAACUUCAAAAACAUAGUUAAAGUAUGGGUCCUGUGCAAUUAGAAUUUACUUUGCAUUUAAUAACAGUUUAAGUACAUUAAAGACGUAUAGUAAUCUCUUUAGUUUGUUUUAUAUAUGUAUCUUCGUUCUUUCUUCACCCGCUUGUAAUUGUACAUUCUUCGUUAAGUGAUUCAUUAUUCUGACAUUUCCUCUUGCACCUGUGAAAAGAAGAAUCAUGUAGAGCAAGUAGAACAGCUUUUACGGAAUAGUUGAAUCAGUUCAUGUAACUAAGAUAAUAAUUAUGUAACCUUGAAACAUAUCAUUACAUUAUGAUCCUAAUUUUGAGAUUCCAUCAUCAUUGUAUAAUACAUACUUUCAUAUAGUAUUUUCUUUGAACUUGUAUUUUUGCACAUCCUUGAAAUUAGAGUAUAAGCAUCAGUUUUAUAGGUGUACACAUUUUUCUUGUAAAUAGGAAAAGGGGAUUUAACGUUUGUGAAUCUUGAUAUGGACUUCAGAUAGUAUUUUUGUACUAACUACUACAAGAGUUUACUGUUCCUGUAUAGCUUUGUAUUGAAAUGAAUGUACAUAUACCAGAUAGGUGAACAAAGUGUAAAUUAAACAAUCAAGUGAUGUCACAAUCUAACACAAAAGCCAUUCCAUGUACAUGUAUAAAAAGACCACGCAAUUGAUAUGCAUCUGUACAGUCAUAUCUUCAUUUGACAGAAAGAAAAAAACUCAAUGUAAAUAAGAUGCAAAGCCAUUUAUUUAGUAUUUUGAUUGAUUCGGUUGUUAUAUGUAUCUUCAGUCUAGUUGCAGCAUUUUGUUGAUUCAUUUUCAUAAUCUUGACAUUGAUGUAUGUAAUAAAAACAGUUAUACUUUUUUCCAGGGUAAUUCUUUGCAUCAGUGUAUAUUUUUUCCCCACUUGAAAAUGACAUGCCUAGUUAACUUCUAUCUAUUAAAUAUUCACAUGAAUGGUUUAUUAGAAAAUUUUGUAUAUGUAAUUAAAAUGCUAGCUUACUUGUGAUUAUUGAGUUAUAAGUCUGCCAAAUACUGUUUUAUUGUGAAUUAAAUUGAACUAACAAUUGUGUGUAUCAAUUCUGUUGUUUUGAAAUUAUUGUUAAUUUCAAUUAAUCAAUUCGAUAAGUUAAUGCUGAAAAUACUUUGUAAAUAGACACUGGCAAUUUUUUCAUUGUAGGUGAAACCUUUUUGUAUAAUUGUAAAUCUGAAAUCAAGUACUUGUGAUGGUGCUAUGUUUAAACUGUGAAUAUCAAUCCUGUAUAGUUUUGUAGCCUGUUAAGAUUUUUUUAAAAAGCAGAUAGCUUUAAAUUGUUUUUGAUUUUUUUUUGUGCUGUUAACGCUUAAUUUGAACUUAAAGCUGAUGUUGUGGUCUGUAAUCGUAUGUUUGCAUAAUUGGGCAUCUUCUUUUCUUAUUUUGCUGACGGUAUUGUAAUGGUUAUUUAGUACUGUAAAUCGAACAGUCUCUUUAUGUUAUAAUGCUCUCAAUAGUUCUUCUUAUAAGUAAGACGGUAUGCUUAAAAGAAUGAUUAUGACAUUUAAGAUUUAACUAUUAUUUCUAACAAAUUAAACUACAUGGAAUACAUAAGAAGCAAAUGCAGUAUUCAUGGGCUGAUUGUUGAGAAAUGUGUUAAAAGUUAACAAAGUGAUUAAUGACAUUGUUGUUAACUAUCAAACGUGAAGUUGUUUAUGACAUGCUCAUAUAUUUAGAUAAAACAAGUACAAUGAAAUUGUUGUCUCAAGUCUCAAAGCUUGUUACAAAUACUGCAUAUUACAAGUGUAUUCAUUACACUUCCAGAUCAAUAAAGAUUUGAAAGUUAACCAAGAUGAUAUUAACAACAUUGUUAAAUUUAAUAAAGUUCUGAACAAUUGGCCAUAUUUUUUACAAGAUUGAGAAGUUACCAUAAUGGAGUUUCUGCUGGAAGGUACGAUUUUGAUAUUAUGUCCCUGAUUUAUGUAUAAUUGAACAAAGUAAAAUAUUAUUGAGCUGUGGUUAGACAGUGUUUGCCUGGUGUGAGUCUGUGCCAUUUAUGACUAAAGGUACUCUUCUUUUUUCUAAUAAUCACCUUUCACUUGUGCAUACAGUGUUGAUGUAAUAAUCUGGUCAAGAGAGUUCAAGUAUAUUGUUAUCGAUCGGCUAAUUGUUUAGAACUGAUCUAGAUGUCUUUGAUGAGGACAACCCAAAGAAAUCUCUGAAAAAUGUACUCUGGUGGAUUCUCUGGUGACAUUGGUUAGAAUAAUUGAUAUUUAAAUGAUCGCUUUGUUAGGAAAAAUGCUCUGAUUAAUUUGUAUAGGGAACUGGUUUAGACUGAAUGAAUAAUCGAAAUAAAGAACGGAAACUGUCAUAAAAAAGGUUACAUUUAUAAUGUCAGUAUGUAAAGGAAUGAUCAAACAAACAAGACCAACUUGGAUACUCAUGUAAGGAAACAUAAAGAGAAUAAGCCAAGGUACAAAAGACAGAGGCUUUAAGGUUUGUGUCAACUGGCAUCAUUGAGGUCGAUUACAGAAGAGCAUGUCUCCUUGCGGUAUGCGUUGUUCAACAAUCUGUAUCAUUCAUUGUUCGCCUUGAGUGUCGGCAGAUAGAUGUAUGGGCAAAUCUACAGUGGUAAUAAAUUUCUCGUACUGAA